AUGUUUAUCCAUUGUCCCAUUGUCCAUUGUGCAAAAGAGAACAGUGCCAGCAGCGAAUGUGCUCUCGAUCAUGCUUUCGCUUACUUAUGCACAGACACAGACUCAGACUUAGACUCAGACUUUGACUCAGACUUUGACUCAGACUUUGACUCAGACUUUGACUCAGACUUUGACUCAGACUUUGACUCAGACUUUGACUCAGACUUUGACUCAGACUUUGACUCAGACUUUGACUCAGACUUUGACUCAGACUUUGACUCAGACUUUGACUCAGACUUUGACUCAGACUUUGACUCAGACUUUGACUCAGACUUUGACUCAGACUUUGACUCAGACUUUGACUCAGACUUUGACUCAGACUUUGACUCAGACUUUGACUCAGACUUUGACUCAGACUUUGACUCAGACUUUGACUCAGACUUUGACUCAGACUUUGACUCAGACUUUGACUCAGACUCAGCCGAACGCGACCGUCGGCUUCAGGCACAACGGGAGCCUCGCCUCUAA